AUGAUUGGAAAGAAAGAUUCCGUUUUCGAUGAUAAGGGAAAAGCUCAAGGCAUUUUGUACUUACUAGAGUCAUUUGAUUUCGUGUUUAUGGCACAACUAAUGACUACUAUAUUUGGGUACACUAACAAUUUGUGUCUUGCUUUGCAAAGAAGAGAUCAAGACAUCAUUAAUGCUAUGAGGCUUGCCACUUUAACCAAAGAUCAACUACAGAAAAUGAGGGAGGAUGGAUGGGAGAUUCACUUGAACAAGGUAAUCUCAAUUUGCAAUAAACAUGGCAUUGUUGUUCCAGAUAUGAAAGCUCACUAUAGCCCUCAUGGAAGAUCAAAACGUUUUGUUCAACAAGUUUCAUAUCUUCAUCAUUUUCGUGUUGAUGUGUUUAUCAAAGUGAUUGACUUAUUACUUCAAGAACUUGAUAAUCGAUUCGAUGAAGUUAAUAUGGAGUUGCUCAGAUGUAUGGCUUGCUUCAAUCCUAAAGAUGGCUUCUCUUCUUUUGACAAGGAAAAGGUACUCAAACUUGCCACUUUUUAUCAUUCCGAUUUUUCAAAUAUUGAUUUGAUGGACCUUGAGUGCCAACUUGAUAUAUUCAUUGGAGACAUGAGAAGUGAUGAAGACUUUCAGAAUUUGCGAGAUAUUAGUUCUCUUUUGGUGAAGCUUGUUGAAACAAAAAGAGAUGUGGUUUAUUCGCGUGUGGUUUUGCUUAUCAAGUUGAUUUUGAUUAUUCUGGUUGCCACUGCAAGUGUAGAGAGAGUGUUUUCUGGAAUGACGUUUGUGAAGAAUAAGUUGAGAAAUAGAAUGGGUGAUCAACCUUUGAACGAUUGUUUGGUCACUUUCAUUGAGAAAGAUGUGUUUCUACAAGUAUCCGAUGAUGAUAUAGUGAAUCGUUUUGAAGAAAUGAAGACUCGUCGAAAAAUAAAUUAG